AUGGUUGUUUUAUUCAUUUAAACAAAAUUUGACGAUUAAUAUUUUGUAAUUAAUUAAAUUAUGAAUUAAUAGAAACAAAAGGAAGGGAGUAUCCAAGAAUUUUAGACUAAAGGUAAAUAAUGAAAUUUUUGUUGAGGCUAAAACUUACUGAAAAAUCACAAAUAUCAAGAAGCUAUGCAGAUGUUUGACAAUGUUUUGAAAAUAGAUUAAAAAGAUUUUCCAUCUUUAUGUGGAAAAUGUAAAAUUAAAAAUUAUAUAGGCGAAUGUUUAAUAUAGUUGGAAAAAUUGAAAGAUGCUUUGAUAUUUUUAGAAAAGGCUUUGUAGAUUGAAUAAAAACAUAUUGACUUACUUUAAAAAAAAAGUAUACCCUAAAUACAUAUUUAGGUUAAUGCCUAACCUAAUUAGAAAGAUAUUAAGAAGCCAUAGUUAUUAUAGAUUCUGCAUUAUAAUUUUAACCAAAAAAUAUUGAUUUAUUACUUAAUAAAAGUAUUAAAUUUUAGAUUAGGCAUAUGUUUAAGGAAAAUGAAAAGAUUUGAUGAGGCUUUGAAUUAAUUAGAAAAGGCAAUUUAAAUUGAAUCUAAAAAUAUUUUACUAUUAAAUAAUAAGAGUAAUAAAAGAAUUAAAAAAGGUUUAUGCUUACAAGAGAUGGGUAAAUAUGAAUAAGCUUAUCAAACAUUAAAUUAAGCAUUAAAUUAUGAUCCAAGAAAUGUUGAAUUAUUGUAAAAUAAAAGUAUGAUAUCUAAAUUAAAUUAAGGCAAUUGUUUAAUAGCUUUGAAAAAAUUUGAUGAAGCUUCAAGAACUUUAGAUUUAGGGCUAAUAAUUUAACCAUAUAAUGUGAAUCUUUUAUUAAAUUAAAGUAUUAUGAAUAUUAUUUUUAGGCAUUUGUUUACAAAUUAAAACUAAAUAUAAUGAAGCUUGUUAAUUAUUAGAUAAAGCUCUAUAGAAGGAACCUAACAAUUUUGACUUGUUAUUUAACAAAGGUGCCAAGCUUUAUAAUAUUUAGGAUUAUGCUUAAAGAUUUUGAAUAAGUUUGAUGAUGCUUUAAAACUAUUUAAUUAGUCAUUGAAAAUUUAACCAAAAAAUUAAGAAGCUUUAUUUAAUAAAAGUUUAUUAUUUUUAUAUUCAGGCAUUUGUUUACAAAAAAUAGAUAAAUAUAAUGAAGCUUUGGAACCAUUAAAUCUAGCACUGUAAACCUAACCCAAUAAUGUGGGUUUGCUAUAAUAAAAAAGUUCAGGUUUGAUAUCAUUUAGGUUUAUGUCUAUAAAUGUUAAAAAAAUUUAAUGAAGCUUUAACCCUUUUGAAUUAAGCUCUUUCGAUUGAACCUAAAAACAUUUCAAUAUUAUUCUAAUAAAGUUAAAAUCUAUUUUUAAAAUUUAGGCGAUUGUCUACAAUAAAUUAAUAAGCAUAAUGAAGCUUUGAUAUAUUUAGACAAAAUACUUUAAAUUAAUCCCAAAAGCAUUGAAGCUCAUCAACAAAAAAGUUAGAAAUUUAUUUAAUGAUAGGUUAUUGUUUAGAAAUAAUGAAAAAAUAUAAAUAGGCUUUAGCGGAGAUUAAUGAUGCAUUAAAUAUUGAUUAGAAAAAUAUAGAAUUAAACUUAAAAAAAGGUAUUUAAGUUUCUUAAUGUUUUUAGGUUAAUUAUUAAUAUAAAUAAAAUAAUAUAAAGAUGCUUUAUAUCAUAUAAACAAUAUAAUUUAGAUUGAGCCAAGAAAUGUCUAAUUAUUAAUUUACAAAAGUAACAAUUAUAAAUAUUUUAGGUAUUUGUUUAAGAAUGAAUGAAGAAUAUGAUGAAGCAUAUAUAGCUAUUCAAAAAGCCUAUUAAAUUGAUCAGAAAAACUUUGAAAUUUUACUAAAUUAAGGUUAGAAUUUUAUCUAUAAAUAGGAAUUAUUUUAAGAUUUCUUAAAAAAUAUCAACAAGCAGUAGAGAUAUUUGAAAAAACUUUUAAAAUUGAUUCGAAUAAUUUCGAAAUGCUUUUAAACUUAGGUUAUGUGCAUUAAAGAAUUUAGGUAUUUGUUUAAGAAUGACCAAUAAAUAUGAUAAGGCUUCUGAAAUUUUAGAUAAAGCUUAAAAACUAGAUCCUGAAAAUAUUGAAGUAUUAUAAAAUCAAGGUUAUAUUAUCAUUAAAUUUAUAGGAAAUUGUUUAAAAAAACUAGAUAAGCCUUCCGAAGCUUUGAAAAUUAUUGAAAAAGCCAAAAAAAUGCAGCCAAAUAAUAUUGAAAUACUUAUAGAUGGAAGUAAUUAUCAAAUAGAUUCAGGUGACUGUUUAAUUAUGUUGAAUAAAUAUCAAGAAGCUUUAUAAUAAAUUGAUUAAGCAUUAAAAAUAGAUUCUAAAAAUAUUCAUUUAUUACUAAACAAAAGUUUCAAUAGAUUCUAAAUUUAGGUACUUGCUUAAGAAAGCUAAAUCAAUAAAUAGAAGCUAUUAAAUAAAUCGAUAUUAUUUUAAAAAUAGAACCGAAUAACAUUGAGGCUUAGAUAAAUUAAUGUAAUUUCUUAUUACAUUUUUAGGUAGAUAAUUAAGAAUGUUACAAUAUUAUCGUGAAUCAACAACAUUAAUUGAUAAGUAUUUAAGAAAUGAGUCAAAAAAUUUUGAUCUUUUAAAAGAGAAAGGUUAGAAAAUACAUUUAUUUUCAGGUAUUUGCUUAAGAUUUUUGGAAGAAUUUUCACAAGCUUUAUAUUGGUUAUCAUAAGCAUCAUAAAUUGAAAAAAAUGAUGAAGAACUGUAACUCAAUCAGGGUAAGAAAUUUUAUAAUGAAAAGGUGUAUGUUUAGUAAAACUCAAUUAAUAUGAUCAGGCAUUAAUUUGCCUGAAUAGUGCAAAAAAAUUUAAUCCCAACAAUAUUGAAAUGUUGACUAAUUUAGGUAUUAGGAGUUUUAACCUUAGGCUUUUGUUUAUAUAUAAAAAAAUAGUAUAAUGAAGCGAUUAAGUGUUUAAAUUAAGGUCUUACAAUUGAACAUCAAAAUAUAAAUCUUUUAAUAAUAAAAAGUUUUUUAUUAAUGUUAAUAAAAAGGUGAUUGUUUAAUUGAACUCGGAUAGUAUGAAAAGGCAAAUUAAUCACUUUACGAGGCUCUAAUAUUAAAACCAAAAGAUGUUACUUUAUUAACGAAGAGAUGUAAAAAUAUUUAUUUAAUUUUAAGUUAAUGUCCUAAAAAAGUUACAAAAUUAUAAAGAAACAAUCCAAGUGUUGGAUACAAUUUUAGAAAUGGAUAAAGAAAAUAAAUUUUGUAUUUUACAAAAAGGUAUUAAAAACGACUAAACUUUAAGGUUAUUGCUUAAAAUUAAACGGAAAUUAUUAAAUUGCUAUUAAUUGGUUUGAUAAAGUUUUAAGUUAUGAUUAAUAUAAUAUUGAUGUUAUUUAUGAAAAAGGUAAUUUAUUUAUUUGUAUAAUUAAAUUAGGAUAAUGCCUAAAAAUGUUGUAAAAUUAUGUUGAAGCAAUUUAAUGCUUUGAUUUUGUCUUAUCGAUUAAUCCAAAACAUGUUUUUGCUUUCUAAAUAAAAGGUAUGCAUUAACAUUAUAAAUUAUUUUUAGGUGAAUGCCUAAUGUUAAUGAAUAAAUAUGAAGAAGCUAUUUGUGUUUUCAAUUAAGCAUUAUCAAUCAGUUUUUCAGAUAUUUUUUCUUUAUUUACAAAAGGUAUCCUUAUAAACUAAAAAUAGGGAAAUGUUUAUAAUUGAUGAACAAUUAUCAAAAAGCUAUUGAAUAAUUUGAUGAAGUCUUAAAAUUAGAUAAAAAUGAUUUUAAUGCUUUGUAUUCUAAAAGUAUCAAUAGCUUGUUAAUUUAGGUUAAUGUCUAAUGAAUAUUUAUGAUUAUACUAAUGCUAAUAUAUGUUUAGAUAAGGCUCUAAAUAUAAAAAAUAAAAAUUUUGAUCUUUUAUUUAUGAAAAGUUAAAUUAAAAUUGAAAAUUAGGUGAAUGUUUAAAAAUGUUGGAAUAAUAUACAGAAGCUAUUAAAUAUUUAGAUAUGGCAUUAUAGUUAAAUUUCUAGCAUUUUUAAAGCAUUUAUUUAAAAGGUAAUAAUAAUUUUAAAAUUUAGGUUAAUGUUUAAAGUAAAUUAAUUCAUAUAAAGAAGCAAUAAUUUAUUUUACAAAAGCUUUAGAAUAGAAUUAAAAUCAUAUAUAAAGUUUAAGAGAAUUAGGUAUAAUGAUAAAAAUAUUCUAUAGGGGAAUGCUUAUUCAGACUGAAAGAAUAUUAAGAAGCAUUUAAUAAUUUAGAAAAAGCAUAAGUUUUAAAUUCAAAUGAUGCAUAUUCCUUAUAUUUGCAGGGUGAAUAGAUUUUAUUGAUAUCUAGGGGAAUGUUUAAAACAUCUAGAAUAAUGUUAAUCAGCAAGUGAAUAUUUUGAAAAAGCUCUAAAUCUUAAUCCUUAAGAUAUCAAUUGUUUAGUUUCAUUAGGUUACUUUAAAUGUUAAUAAAAAGGUGGUUGUUUAAGAUUUAUGGGGAAAUUUGAUUAAGCUAAUGAAAUAAAUGAUAAGGUAUUAAAGUUAGAUCCAAAAAAUUUGGAUUCUUUGAUUUUUAAAGGAGAGUAUUUACAAAAUAAUGGAAAUCAAGAUUAAGCAAUAAAAUACUAUAAAUAAGCAUUAUCAAUUGAUAAAAAUAAUUUGAAUACAAUAAUAUAAAUAGGUAUUGAUAGCAGCCUUAUUAUUAAUUUAUUAGGCAUUUGNUAUAAAUUAUUUUUAGGUGAAUGCCUAAUGUUAAUGAAUAAAUAUGAAGAAGCUAUUUGUGUUUUCAAUUAAGCAUUAUCAAUCAGUUUUUCAGAUAUUUUUUCUUUAUUUACAAAAGGUAUCCUUAUAAACUAAAAAUAGGGAAAUGUUUAUAAUUGAUGAACAAUUAUCAAAAAGCUAUUGAAUAAUUUGAUGAAGUCUUAAAAUUAGAUAAAAAUGAUUUUAAUGCUUUGUAUUCUAAAAGUAUCAAUAGCUUGUUAAUUUAGGUUAAUGUCUAAUGAAUAUUUAUGAUUAUACUAAUGCUAAUAUAUGUUUAGAUAAGGCUCUAAAUAUAAAAAAUAAAAAUUUUGAUCUUUUAUUUAUGAAAAGUUAAAUUAAAAUUGAAAAUUAGGUGAAUGUUUAAAAAUGUUGGAAUAAUAUACAGAAGCUAUUAAAUAUUUAGAUAUGGCAUUAUAGUUAAAUUUCUAGCAUUUUUAAAGCAUUUAUUUAAAAGGUAAUAAUAAUUUUAAAAUUUAGGUUAAUGUUUAAAGUAAAUUAAUUCAUAUAAAGAAGCAAUAAUUUAUUUUACAAAAGCUUUAGAAUAGAAUUAAAAUCAUAUAUAAAGUUUAAGAGAAUUAGGUAUAAUGAUAAAAAUAUUCUAUAGGGGAAUGCUUAUUCAGACUGAAAGAAUAUUAAGAAGCAUUUAAUAAUUUAGAAAAAGCAUAAGUUUUAAAUUCAAAUGAUGCAUAUUCCUUAUAUUUGCAGGGUGAAUAGAUUUUAUUGAUAUCUAGGGGAAUGUUUAAAACAUCUAGAAUAAUGUUAAUCAGCAAGUGAAUAUUUUGAAAAAGCUCUAAAUCUUAAUCCUUAAGAUAUCAAUUGUUUAGUUUCAUUAGGUUACUUUAAAUGUUAAUAAAAAGGUGGUUGUUUAAGAUUUAUGGGGAAAUUUGAUUAAGCUAAUGAAAUAAAUGAUAAGGUAUUAAAGUUAGAUCCAAAAAAUUUGGAUUCUUUGAUUUUUAAAGGAGAGUAUUUACAAAAUAAUGGAAAUCAAGAUUAAGCAAUAAAAUACUAUAAAUAAGCAUUAUCAAUUGAUAAAAAUAAUUUGAAUACAAUAAUAUAAAUAGGUAUUGAUAGCAGCCUUAUUAUUAAUUUAUUAGGCAUUUGUUUAAAGUAGAUAAAAAAUUAUCCGAAAGCCAUGAAAGUUAUAGAUCGAGCAUUAAAAAUAGAUACUUAAAAUCUUAUUUUAUUAUUUGAAAAAAGUAAAAAUAAUUUAAAAUUUUUAGGUGAAUGUUUACGACUACUUGGAUAAUAUUCAGAAGCUAUAGAGUAAUAUCAAUUAGUGUUAAAUAUUGAUCCUAAUCAUUUUGAGACAAUUAUUUCAAAAUGUAUAGAUAUUUUCAUAAAAUUUAUAGGCGAUUGCUUAAAAAAUUUAAAGGAAUAUGAUAGUGCAGCAAGAUUAGCUAGUAAAGUCUUAAAAAUAAAUAAAAUAAAUAUAGAUGCUCUAUUAAUUAAAGGUUUAAAGAUAUUUUAAUUAUUAGCUGAAUGUUUAAAACAAAUGGGAAGAUUUUAAAAUUCAAUUUAAGAAUUAGAAAAUAUUUUUGCUAUAAAUCCAUACCAUUUAAAAUCAAUUAUAUUAAAAGGUAAUUAUAUAUAUAAUUUAAAGGUGGAUGUUUAUCUUUAAUGGGAUAAUAUUAAGAAUCACUCUUUUGGCUUGAUAAAGCUUUAGGUAUAGAUGAAAAUAAUGUGGAAGCUUUAACAACCAAAGGUGUUAUUUAAUUAUUAUGAAUUAGGCAUGUCUUUAACUAUGAUGAAAAGAUAUUAAGAUGCAAUCUUAGUUUUAGAUAAAGUUUUGGAAAUUGAACCAUAAAAUUUAUAUUGUUUAUCAGAUAAAGGUACUUUUUAUUCUCAGAAAAAUAGGUGGUUGUUUAGCUAAUAUGAAUUAACCCAAAGAAGCAAUUGUUUGGUUUGAUUUAGCUCUUUAAGUGAAUUAAUACCAUCUAUAUUCUUUAUCUACAAAAAGUAAGUAUAAUAAAAUCUAUUAUUUGGUAUGUGUCUAAUAAGGAUUGGAUAAUAUUAAGAAGCAAAUUAAUUGUUGAAUAAAGCUUUAGAGGUUGAUCCAUUUCAUUAUUAUUCAAUAUCUAUUAAAGGUUAUAUUUAAGAAUUAAAUCCUUAGGUGGAAAUUUAUUAAUUUUGAACCAAUUUAAAGAAGCUAGUUUAUGGUUUAAUAAAGCAUUAAUUAUCAAUUCUUAAGAUAUAUAUUGUUUAUCUUAAAAAGGUUCAUUAUCUUCUUUAUUUAAGCUUGUUGUUUAGCAAUGAUUGGUUAAUAUUAAUUGGCAAUUAAAUUAUUCAACAAAGCACUAAACAUAAAUUCCAA